AUGAGUGAUGAUGAGGAUUAAUAUAACUAUUAAAAUGAUUCAGAAGAAUUCAACCAAAUAAACUCUUGGCAAGAAAACUUGAAAUUAGAUAUGGUGGAGAUCUUGGAGAUGAAGGAUGUCAUGUUAGUGAUAAUGAAAGAAGUGCAAGAACUCUCAGAGAUCUUGUAUUUCGAUGAAGACAACACUUUCGAAUUGCUCAUGCACUACAAUUGGAAUAAAGACGACAUCACUUAAAAAUAUUACUCUGCUUCAGAAAAGUUGUUGACUGAAUUCAAAGCUAAUGGAAUUAUAAACGAUCACUAAAAUGUUAUUUAUAAUGGACUUCAGGGAUGUUGUACAGUUUGUUUUUGCUAAGAGCAAUUGAUUCUAUUAGGGUGUAAACAUAUGUUUUGUGAAUCCUGCAUAAAACAGACCAUAAUGCAAAGAGUGUAAAAAGAUAAGUUUCUCUUUGUCAGGUGUUUAUUUAAUGGUUGCAAUUACAAACUGCCUUUUUCGAUGAUUAGAAAAUUCUCAAAUUAGAAGGAAUUCGAAGAUCUGCUCUGUAGAAAAUUUGUAGAAUGCUCAAGAUAUUUGGCAUAUUGUCCUGCUGUUAAUUGCAACAAGAUUAUAAAACCUAAAUUCACAUCAACUAAAGAAGUGACUUGCCUCUGUUAAACAAAGUUCUGUUUCUAUUGUAAAGAGGAACUGCAUCCUCCAUGUCCUUGUGAUUUGGUUAAAAAAUGGCUUGUAGUACUCAAAAACGAUUAAGCCAAUUAAGAUUGGAUUAGGCUUAAUACAAAACAAUGUCCUUUUUGCAAAUAAUUUGUUGAAAGAUCUUUUGGGUGCAAUUACAUGUUAUGUAAACCUCCAGGAGGAUGUGCAAAUGCUUUUUGCUAUGUUUGUUCUAAACCUUGGAAACCAGAUCACAAAGAUCAUUAUAAGUGCAACUAGUAUGUACCACCCAAAGACAAUACAGAAUUGGAGAAAGAUUUAAUAGAAAGAUGUAAUUUCUAUUCGAAAGGAUAUCUAAUUUAAGCAGCUGCAGGAUAAAAAGCCCAGGAGUCAUUGAAAAAAAUUAGAGAUUACUACAUCCAUUAAAUAUUUAUGUAUUUUGGCUUCGAUAUGCAUGACACUCAAUUCUUGGAAGAAGUCAUGGCAGAACUAAUCUAAUCUAGAGUUAUAUUAAAAUGGUCUUAUUGUUUGUCCUACUAUAUCUCUCAUAAGAACCAAUAGUCAUCCAAAUUGUUAGAUCAUUAUCAGUAGCUCUUUGAACAUGCCUGUGAAUCGUUAGCUAUCUCAUUGAUGAAAAUGUUUAAUCGAAUUGAAAAACUAAAUGUAGAAAUACAUACUACACCCAUGCACGAUUUAAAAAAAUAGUUUAUGAAACUUAAGGACACAAUUCAAAAUGCAUCAUCAAAAUGCUAAAAAAUGAGAUUAAAUCUAGAAUCAGCAGUCUAUUAAGGAGAUAUUAUUGUGUGA